AUGGACUAUGCUCGCAAACUGUUUGAUUUAAUACCUGAAAGGGAUUUAUUUCUCUGGAACACCAUGAUUCGAGGUUAUGCCGAUCUGGGUCCUUGUCAAGAAGCCAUAGUUCUUUAUAGAGACAUGCAUCGAAUUGGAUUAUUACCUGACAGCUAUACUUUUCCUUCCGUGGUUCGAUCUUGUGCUAUCCUCUCAGCUUUGAUGGAAGGGAGAGAAGCGCAUUGUAACAUAAUUAAGAAUGGAUUUGAUUUGGAUAUUCUUGCUAUUGGUGCUGAGGUUGAGCAAGUUGAGGCUGGGAAGAAGAUGAUAGCUUUCGGGACUCAACUGAAUGCAAUUACACUCGUGAGCAUUCUUCCCGCCUGUGCUGGUUUGGAGUUUUUGAACUUGGGGAAAUUGGUUCAUGGUUGUGCUGUUAAAUUGGGGGUGGACUCUGAUAUUUUUCUGAUUAACACUUUAAUCGCUCUUUAUGGUGAGUGUGGAAUUGUUGAUACUGCCAGAUCUUUGUUUGAUCAGAUGCCAGUCGAACGCCUGGUCUCGUGGAAUGCCAUGAUUGCUGCUUAUGAACAGACUAAUGCUGAUCGGUAUGCCAUUAAGCUCUUUCGUAGAAUGCUAAUUGAAAAGGUAGAAUUUGAUUACAUCACAAUGGUUAGUGUUAUAUCAGCUUGUGCUAAUUUAGGAGCACUCAAUACUGGGAAAUGGAUACAUAAGCUUGUGAGGAACAAAGGUCUUGAAACUAAUGUUUCAAUUACUAACGCUUUAAUUGACAUGUAUGCAAAAUGUGGAAACAUAGCUUUGGCAAGGGACGCUUUCGACAAGUUGCCUCAUAAAAGUGUUGUGUCCUGGACUUCAAUUAUAGGGGCCUGUGCAUCUCAUGGGCAUGGGGACAAUGCUCUGAUGCUCUUCACAAAGAUGAAAGAGGAAGAAAUUUGGCCAAAUAGCUUCACCUUCAUUUCUGUUUCAACAGCUUGUAGGCAUUCAGGUUUAGUAGAAGAAGGGAAGAAGCAUUUUGAGAGCAUGACAAAAGAUUACUCAAUCAGGACUGCUAAAGUAGUUCAGAUCUCAUGUGGGUGGAGGCAUACACUUGCUUUUACUAAAAGACAAAAUGUAUUUUCUUGGAGAAGAGGUACAAAUGGACAGCUUGGGCAUGGGGAGUCAGUUGACCGAAACAUUCCAAAGAUGAUAGAAUCUCUGAGUGCGGAUGGAUCUAGUGGACAACAGAUAGAAUCUUCAAAACUUGACCCAUCAACAGGGAAAGCUUUGGUUUCUCCAAUUGAGAGAUAUGCAGUUGUUCCUGAUGACAACGUCAAAAGGAUAAAUUUUGCCAAGGGGAAGAUCUGA